CAGAUUAACCACCACAGAAGAAGAAGCCCGCCGCCCGGAGGUCUUUUCUUCUUCUACGCUCCGCAGCAGCGACGCUGUUAGCAUCGUUAGCACCCUUAGCUUCGGGUUUCGGAGCUUCUCUCUCUCCUUCUUCCAUCCUCUCCGGAUCGUCUCCUCGUUCACCCGGCAUGGCUGAAGUGGAAGAAACUCUGAAGAGGAUCCAGAGUCAGAAAGGAGUUCAGGGGAUCAUCAUCGUCAAUUCAGAAGGAAUCCCCAUCAAGUCCACCAUGGACAACUCGAGCACGGCGCAGUACGCCGGCCUGAUCCACCAGCUGGUGAUGACGGCCCGGAGCACGGUGCGAGACAUGGACCCCCAGAACGACCUGACCUUCCUGCGUGUGCGCUCCAAGAAGAACGAGAUCAUGAUCGCCCCAGAGAAGGAUUACUUCCUGAUCGUCAUCCAGAACCCGUCAGACUGAGGAGGCUCCUCUCUCUGCUUCUCAUAUUAACACUUUUCUCUGUGACAUUAAUGAUCAAACGAAGCUUUUUCUGCUCGUUUCCUCCGUCAAGUGACCGUUCCGGGUCUGAAUCAUUCCAGACGUCCGUGCUGAGCGUGAAGGCGUGAAGCUGGAAACCAACCUGUUUAUUUAUUGUGAUGAAGUGCAGCGUCUCGCCUGUCUUUGUGGCAAAACAACAAUAAAAACUUCAAAAA